GGGUAUCCUUUAGAAUUGCCCCCCUGGGACUUCACGCUACCAGCAUGCAGUAAUUGGGGAACAAUGUUCACCGUCGUCACUUGCUCUGUAAACAAAGCGAGAAUACAAGUUUGCUCUCUUUGUACAGUUCUUUUGACGGUUGUCGAAGCGGCAUCCCUCUGUCGUCUUCUCGACAAUUCUUCAGCCUAAACCCUAUAUUCUGUAUUGAUCAGCGAAGCUCCAUAAAUUGCUCCGCGAAUUCGUUGAAUUUGGAAGCAGAAACAGUCCAAAAAGACAUGCUUGGUGUUGGAGAUGAGACCCCUUCUAGAUAUGAGUUGUUAAGUAUGGUGAAGAAGCAUUCCAAGUUAUUGGGGCAAACAAAUUUAGAUGAGGAAGAUGGUUCAGAUGUUGAAAUGGAUUCACGGUUUUGGUAUGACAUCAUAGAUUUGUAUUUCAUUCGGGGGAAAGAGUCAAGGGCCCGCCAGGAUGAUGACCUUUUAUUCUUCGUCAGGAAAAUGAGCUUGCAUGGAUACGGCUUUAAUGAUAAUGUGGAAGGCAACUCUCCUUACUUUGUACGCAGGUGGGCACCUAAGCUGGAUGAUUUAGUUGAUAAGAAUUUUGUCGAUGUGGACUGGAGGCGUUCAUUUUACUUGAACUUAAUUGCUCACACUUCGUUCAGUGUAACAGUUGCAAUUUGCAGUCAUCAGGUCCUUACAAGUCACCAGAUGGGGCAAGACACACCUUUGUCUUCUAUAUACAAGGUUGUAAAGACUGUUUAUGCUUCUCCAAGUCGUGUUGAGUUCCAUUUGGACUCCACAAAGGAAGUACAGACAACUCCUGCUUAUCCAGACAUAUGUUUUGCAAUUGAUGACUUUGAUUCCACAUUUGAUGCAGUGGUCUUGACCGAGACAGAUCACUGCUACUGUGUGCUUCUAAAUGCUGAUGGUGGGGCAGCGUUUCCCAGUGAAAGAACAGCACAAGAUUGCAAUUCUUCUGAUACUUCGAAAAUCAACACAGAUUCUAGAAAGAGAAACAAGACAAAGAUAACUCUUUUCUCAGGAUUUGUUAGCUAUCAAAUGGUUCGCGAUGCAUAUGAAGCUGGGAAGUCUGGCUUUGGCAGCCUUCUGUCCCUAGGACAGUCUCCUGGGAAAACCGACAGGAUUUACAUGAAGGGCCCUGGAGGACGUGGGGAGGUGGAAGUUGCUGUUUCUGGUGUUAUAGAUCAAAGCAAGGAGUUCUCAGGCUCUUCUUCCUCGGCUCUUAGAAGAGGAUUCAGUUUUGGUACAAUUGUUCGUAGAGCGGCAUCUGUUGCAUCUGUGGCAGCGAAGCAUGCCUAUGCUGCUGCUGCUGCAUCCCGGGUUACUGGGGAGGAGAUGCUGCCCCUAAAGUGCGGCCUAAUGUCCAUAUCAUUGCCUUGGGAGUGCAUUGCUCAUGAUCUUUUAUUUAAGGGAAGUCCUCCAGUUAGCUUGUAGCUUAUAUGAAGAGGCAAGAGACAACCUUGGAUUCCUUCUUUUAUGUAUCAAGGGGUAAAAGACUGUCUACAUCCUGCCUUGACAAGGAGGAGCAAGAGGACAAAUACGAAUCAGACAUGGAGCAUGAACCUGCCAGAGAAAAGGACUGGAAUUUUUUCUUUCAACUUGUAUUCUCUCUCUCUCUCUCUCUCUCUCUCUGUGUGUUGAAAUUCUGGGUGCUAGUUUACCUUCGUGAAAAAUACUGUAAAUGGUUGUUAGUCAAAAGGAAAAAAGUGAAAAAGCAGAAAAGGGCAGUGGGCUGUGAUCUGUAUCUAUGUGUGUCAAUAAGUGCAGAUUGAUUGUUUAUCAGGCGGCUGAGAAAAUGAUUGGCUAAUUCAUAAUUGCUGUCUCCAGUUGCUUGGGUUUCAAGCUUUAAUUUUUAUGCUGCAUCAUUGCAUGAAGU